GGUACCCAAGGCAAGGCAAGGCAACGCAAGGCAAGGCAAGGCGAAGAAAGAUACGCAAAGGGGACCUCAAAAUCCAGCAUGUAGCCAAAGGCUGACACGGCGGCUAAGAGGCCCUUCCGCCCCCACCACCACACUACUUGUCUCUCUCUCUCUCUUUCUCUUUCUCUUUCUUUCUUUCUUUCUUUCUUCCCAGACACCGCAAACAUCAAACGCACAUGUUCAACACCCACAAUUCCAAACCUAACCAAUCAAAAACAAAACAAAAUAGAUUUCUCCGAUUUCCAUUUGCUCUGUUGCUUACGGCACACCGAUUUCAUCAAUUCCCUACGAUUUGAGAAGGAAUCGGGAGCUGACUUUUCUUUUUCUUUUUCUUUUUUUAAUGAAUUUGGUUAUUUUCGGUUGGAUUUGAGGUUUUCCUUGUGGGUAUAUGGAGAUGGAGGUCUCGCUUUCCGAUUCAGAUGCGUUGAUGGUGGGUGUGGAGAGGAGGAGGAAGGUAGCGGAGAAGGAUCGGGUUCGGGUGAAGAGGAAGACUUUGGAGGUCGUGCUCGAGCAGUGCCAGAGAGCUUUGGAAUUGCUCAGUAACGUCGAUAGCCUUGACGAUGAUGAUGAAAACAUUGGCGAUAAAGGUGGCUCGGAGCUGGACGAGGAUAAGAGCCGUCACUGCUCGUCGGCUCCUCCCGGAGAUCAGGAGGCCAAUGAGUUGUGCGAUCUUCUCAAAUCUAGAGUUGAGUGCCCUGACUUCCUUGAAAAGCUCAAAUGUGCUCGGGUGUCAGUCAAAGAAAACCUUGCUGAAGAAUGUAGCUCCUGGGACGUGGUCAAUGAAAAUGAUCUUUGGGAAGAUGACUAUGGUGAUUUGAAUGAAGAAGAUUAUGUUCUUGUUAGGCAAGAAGAUAUACUAGAUGGCAUUGCAUGCUUUAUGACUACGUACUUGUUGUCCCUUAAACAGACUAAGGAUUUGACCCCCAAUCAACUUCAGGAAGCCCUCAGCAAGACUUUCUCUGUUAAAAAGAAGAAAGGGAAGCUUCGGAAAGCUUGGGAUGGAAGUAAAGUUAUUUAUAAUGUUGCGUCCUGGGGAGCAACAGCUAUUGGGAUAUACCAAAACCCCGUAAUUAUUAGGGCUGCUACUAAAGUAUUCUGGACUUCUUGCGAUGUCAUAUCAAAGCUUCUCUAACUUGCUUGUGCUGCUGGGAGAAUGGUUCUAGAUGUUGGAAUUGACUGUUGUAUUUGUGCUUGUAGCUGCCAAUGUAGCUUGGUGUUCCGCCGGUUGUUUUACAUCAAUAACAUUCUUUUCAUGCCAUGUAUCCGUUCAUCUUUCUAAAUUUAAUCAUGUAAAUAUUCCUUGUGAAGCAUUCCUAUUCAUUGAUAAGCUGAUUAUUCUGCCUUUGUGAUCACAUCAACGUUACGUACUUGUAGAUAACCAUGGAGCUAGAUUUAUACUUCCGUAUAUGUUAUGAAUGCCAAGUGAUUGGCAGAUGUUACUAAAACAUCUCUUUCAUCUUGUGUGGCAACUUUUUAAUUUUUACUUAAGUUGCACGGAUUGUAUGUAUAAUUUAAAAUGUUGUUUAUUUAUAAUUUUAAGAAUGGUAUCCUGGGAAUUUAAAUUUGUAUUGUAUUCUUAUUUUCUGUUUUACUGUUUCGCAUUCCUCUCUUGUUUUUCGUUUGGGAUAAGGUCAGACUAAACUUGGGAGGUUUUU